AUGGCGUUUCGUCGCGAUGAUUUAUUCUUACAAAGUGAUCGUUUUGCUCAGUUUGUUGAUGAUAUUUUAGCGGAAAGUGGUUGUGAAGUGAGUGGUGAUGAAGAGGACGAACGAAUUAUCAGUGAUGAAGACAAAGAAAUUUGUGUUGAUGAAAGCCUAAUAAAAUUUCGAGGCAGACUGAGCUAUAUACAGUUCAACCCAUCAAAACGAGCCAGGUUUGGUAUAAAGAUAUACAAGUUGAAUGACUCUAAAACUGGCUAUUGUUACGACUUCAAAAUUUAUACUGGCAAAGAGACAGAUAUACAUCCCCAAGAAGAAAAUGAGGAGAAUGUAGAUGAUCCUGAAAAUGGAGAAAAUCUUGAGGUUGGCGAAAAUCUGACAGAAAAUGCUGCAACCCCGGAGAAAUCUUUUUUACUUAGUGAAAAAAUUGUAUUAGAAAUUUGUGCAGAUCUGUUGGAUGAAGGCCGGGUUUUAUACUUAGACAACUGGUAUAGUUCACCUAAACUCUUUUUAGAGCUUUUGAACAGGCAUACGUACGCUGUAGGAGUUGUGAGGUCUGAUAGAACAAACUUUCCAAAAGAAAUAAAAAACAGACAGCUCCAAUUAGGUGAACUUACCUUUUUGCACACUAAGAAAAUCUUAGCCCUAAAGUGGAAGGACAGAAAGGAUGUAGCCAUGCUAUCAACCAUCCAUACCCGACCGGAAUAUGAGGAAGUCAUUCCACAACGAGAGAGAAGACGUCCAAAUCCUCAACCACAACUCAAACCAAAUGUUGUGAUAAACUACAAUAACAAUAUGAACGGUGUGGACAAACAAGACCAACGACUCUCAUGCUUCCCGGUGAUGCGCAAGUGCAUGAAAGGGUACAAGAAAUUGUUUUUUUAUCUUUUCGAUGUUACAUUGAACAAUGCCCGAGUGAUUCAUGAGAUUGUAACAAAGAAAAAGUCUACUAUGUCAAAAUUUAGGAUAAAUUUGGCUGAACAGAUUUUGGAAAGUGUCAAUCUAACUAACAGACCAGUAGGAGGAAGGCCAUCGGUUGCAGCUGAAUCACCACUGCGGUUACAGGCCAGGCAUUGGGGUCAUUUUAUAAGGAAGAUUUUGCCCACUUCUAAGCAAAGGCCUUCAAGGAAGUGUAGAGUGUGUAGUGCUCAAGGCAGGAGAAGUGAAACCGUUUACGAGUGCAGGAAGUGCCUUGUGCCUCUGCACUUAGAAACAUGUUUCGAGGUGUUUCACACCCAAACAAACUUUUGA